UUUCCACCGAUUGCCAGCUUGCUAUUUUCGGCAACCUUUUCCUUUGAAUAUGAAUAGUUUUGUACGCAGAAAAAAAAACGAAGAAACAACCAAAAAGAUUGAAAUUAUUAAAGUUAUCAACAACCGGAAACGACCCUUUAUAGUUUCAAGCGCAAAUUAUUUAAAUAUAUGCCCAAUUUUCCGUGUUUUAUUUAUAUUAUAUGUAUCCCUUGCUUUCAUCCACUUCACACUCCCUCUCUACUCUAUUAGCCUCCAUUCAAAUUUUAGGAAGAAGAAACAUAAAGAAGAUGGAGGAAAGAAAUUUGAAAUACAUAAUAUUGGAAAUAGUUGUAUUAUUGAAUGUAUCUAUAUCUGUUGUAAAUGCUGAUGACCCAUAUAAGUUUUUCACUUGGACUGUCACUUAUGGAAAUAUUGCUCCUUUGGGUGUUCCACAACAGGUAAUCCUCAUCAAUGGCCAAUUUCCUGGACCAAAACUUGAUUGUGUGACCAAUGACAACAUUGUUCUCAAUGUCAUCAAUAAAUUGAAUGAACCAUUCCUUCUCACUUGGAAUGGAAUCAAGCAAAGGAAGAACUCAUGGCAAGAUGGUGUUCUAGGGACUAACUGCCCAAUCCCUCCAAACCAAAACUUCACAUACAUCUUUCAGCCUAAAGAUCAGAUCGGUUCUUACACUUACUUCCCAUCGACUGGUUUGCACCGCGCUGCUGGUGGUUUUGGAGCUCUCAAUGUCUACUCCAGGCCUCGAAUUCCUAUUCCUUACCCUGACCCUUCUGGUGACUUCACUUUGCUUAUUGGUGAUUGGUACAAGACCAACUACAAGACCCUUCAGGGAGCUCUGGAUGCAGGAAAAGAUCUUCCAUUCCCUGACGGUUUGCUUAUCAAUGGCCAAACUGGGGGUUCGUUCACUGGCGAUCAAGGAAAAACAUACAAGUUCAGAGUUUCGAAUGUGGGAUUGUCGACUUCGUUCAACUUCAGGAUUCAAGGUCACAAAUUGAAAGUGGUUGAAGUCGAAGGAUCACACGUUAUUCAAAAUCUGUAUGAUUCCAUUGAUGUCCACGUUGGUCAGUCGCUCUCGAUCCUUGUGACCUUAGACCAGGCUCCCAAGGAUUAUUACAUUGUUGCAUCGACACGUUUCACAAGUACAGUUCUUACUGCUAAUGGAGUUCUUCACUACUCAAACUCCAACUCGCCAGUCUCGGGACCUUUGCCUCCUCCCCCUGCUGAGGAACUCCCUUGGUCCAUGGAGCAAGCUAGAACUUUCAAGUGGAAUCUUACAGCAAAUGCAGCAAGGCCAAACCCUCAAGGAUCAUUCCACUAUGGAACAAUCCCAAUCACAAAAACCUUUGUUUUAGCCAACUCGGCUCCUGUUAUCAACGGAAAGCAACGCUACGCUGUCAACCAAGUGUCGUUUACCUACCCCGAUACCCCUCUCAAGCUUGCUGAUUACUUCAACAUUCCUGGAGUCUUCAGUGUAAAUUCCAUCCAAGGAAGUCCGUCUGGCGGGUCUGCAAGGCUUGGCACUUCUGUUAUGGGUACUUCUCUUCACGAUUUCAUUGAGAUCGUCUUCCAAAAUGAUGAGAAUUCCAUGCAGUCUUGGCAUCUUGAUGGCUAUGAUUUCUGGAUUGUCGGAUUUGGUGCUGGUAAGUGGAGUCAAGCCAGUCGGAACAGUUACAAUCUGAAAGACGCUCUUACCAGACAUACUACUCAGGUUUAUCCAAACUCGUGGACAGCAGUAUUGGUGUCGUUGGACAACCAAGGCAUGUGGAACUUGAGGUCUGCGAUUUGGCCGCGACAAUAUCUGGGACAGCAACUCUAUCUCAGAGUAUGGAACGCUGAUAAGAGCCUUGCUAAUGAGUAUAAUCCUCCAACUAAUUUGCUUCUUUGUGGAAAAGCUGUCGGAAGACAUCCUUAAACAACCCUUCUUAUGGAUCAAGUUUAGUUAAUUAUCAUCUUAAUACGUUUAUAUAUAGAUUCUUACUAUUAGGUCAUCAGUGUUUGACCUUGAGCUUGAUUGAAGCGGGAAAUUUUCUUAUUUUUUUAACAUCCUUUUUCCCUCUUAUUAUUUAUUUGUAUCUAUUUAUUUGAAUGGUUAAUUUCUUUCUUAUAUUA